AUGCCACAGCUCGGCUUGCAGCGCCUGGGGCCGAACAGGCCCAUCAUCGUCUUCGCCGACGGAGCUUCAGCAGAGCAGCAGGCUGCCAGCUUCUCGGCGACGUUCCCUUUCCUGAACAUUUCGGUGGCCAUCAUAAAGGAGAGGGACCUGACAUGGCCUAUGUCCGAGCAUCCGAGUUGCUCCGCCGGCUACCGCCGGGCAGCGCGGUUUACUUCCGGGCCUUUGUGGAUGCACGAGGCACUGGAUGGAUUCAGCCACAUCCUUCUCAUCGAUACCGAGUUCGUGCUGAGCCAUCCCGUUCCCUGGGACCCAUUCCGGUACAUGUUCGAGCAGAACAGCGAGCUGGCCUACUGGCAGACUCACUACGAGCGCACAUGGAAUCGCACGGUGUACCUCACGGAGGUCUCCAAGCAGUUUAUGCACGCCCGGAACCUGAUGCCACAGGUUCCCGAGCUCGUGAGCUACUGGUGGGACGAGGAAGAGGUUCCUGGUGGCUCUUUUCCGGUGAACAUCUACGGCUGCCUGUUUGGUGGAUCCAUGUCCUUCUUCCGCUCAAAGCUUUACCAGAGCUACUUCGAGGAGUUGGACUCAUGGCCGGGAUUUGAUGAAUACUGCUGGUCCCCUCAGAGCAUCUUGGCCAUUGCAGCAGCUUUCUUCUUGAAUGACAACUUCAUCACGGAGCUCUGGAUCUAUGGCCGGCACCAAAACAGUAGCAAGACGCCGGAGGAGGGCUGGAACGACUCCAAGCGGGGCAUCUUGCCAGAAAGUCAGCGCCCUAUACAUCUCAAGACUUCAGGAGAGUGA